GAUUCUGAAUAAAGCAGUGUUGUCAGUUUGUGAAAUCCAGACGGCCGUUUAACAAUCAGGGGUCUUCCGAAAUCUCCUCAGUUUGUCUUCAGUGUGUAUCAUAGUUUUAUAAAUUCUAUAUAAACCGUGUAUGAAUUAGUAUUUGAAUACCACUGGGGCGGAGUAUAUCUAGCUGAUCAUUCAGAAACUAUAUAGAGCGGCGGCGCACAUCGGGGAAUAUUAAAUAGCAUGGGUCCAUUCAUACACUAAGCGAAUUUUUAAAACUAUUUUCUUUUUGAUCUAUCUUUUCAAGUCUGUCGGAGCAUCGCGGGCCAGAGAACGGAAGCGAAAGUAGCGUUUCUUGUUUCCAAAAAGAAAUUGUGGCAAUAGAUAUUUUUCCUAAUUAACUUUUUCUGUUAAUUGUGGAAUUUCUAGGUGAGAGGAAACGGAGAACUGGGAGUUGAGGUAUGCUGGCGGUAUAUUCGGUCUGAGUGUAUAGACUCAAUGCACCGAUGCACUUGAGGUAAACAGAAACGUGUUACGACUUUCCGGUCAGCAAUUCUGACACAUCGGCAAAGUGGGCCUUGAAUUUCUUACAACAAAUUCGCUGAGGAAAUAUUUUAAUUAUUUUCAACUGUGGAUUAUAUUCUCUUGAGCAAUUAGUGCCUAUAUUUUUUAUUCAUUUUUGCGGAUGUGCUUACUCCCUAAUAGGAUCCACGUUGGUUACCGCACCGCGUGCUAACGUUAAUUCUGGAACCAUCCCCCCGAACAUUAAAACCCCUCGACCUAUAGACUCUCAUCAAAACUUGUGAAAAAAGCGCUGAUUUAUGAAAAGCGUGCUCUUUAUGAAUUAUCACAUUGUACACAUGAUAAGAGUCUGGGAGAGUUAAUUUGUGAGCAGAGAUGAAAGUGCACUGAAAAGCGGGACCCACGAGUUGAAUUUUUGAUUUAUUUUGCUCGGGUUACGUUUUACUCCAGUAUAAAAAUGGAUCUGCAUUUGUGAAUGAAGUUUUUGGGAUACAUGGAUGAUGUAUCAUUUCUGUGUAUAGCGGCACGUGUGAGGAAGUUUAGCGGAAUUCUUUGAUUGUGACCACCGAGGAAUAUGAACAGAAUGUACCUUGCACUGCUAGUAUCGUCCGUUAUCAUACUCUGUAACUUAGAAUCAGUGGCCACCGGCCCGAGAUCAAAAAGACGAGAGGUUGAUCUGAUAGCUUCACUGUACGACAAGGCAGCAAAAUCUCCAGGGUUAGAGAAAGUGGAUCCAAAAGGCUAUAAAUUCACUUCCAAGUGGAACCCAAGGACUUUACCCAAUUUCAAGUUUAAAAGGUUCUGGAAAAAAUAUCGUGGAAAGUUAACAUUUUAUUUCUCGGGACAAAUUAUACCGCAGACUAAGCCUAUUCCUAUAUUUUCUAUAUAUCAUAAACGAAAACUUUUGCCAUAUUUUGAAACAUUAAUAGAUUUUCAAAAAGGAAAAGUUAUAAUUCGAUAUCAGGGAGUGACUUCAUUCCAGAGGAGUUUUAUAUUGUUAGAUUCACCAUUACAAACCACAUCAGGUGCAAUCAUUCAGAUUAACAAUAAUGUUGUGACAAUACAGUUGGAUUGUCUUCCGUCCAAAUCCGUCAAACUCCGUCAGAAGAUAGCGCCUAUCCCACGUUCUUCUAAAAUCGCUCUCCAAGAUUUCAAGAGUAAAGAAAAAAUUAUAGGUUUACUUUUUGAAGCAAAAGUAUACAGCUAUAUUAACAUUCCCUCCACAUGCUUCAAUAAGGCAGUAGCCACAUACCAAAGAGAUGCCAGCAAAGUUUCCGGCCAGACAACUUCAGAAGACUUACGGGCCCUGCAGAGAAGAGUGUCUCAUCUGACCUCCAUCGUCGAUGCCCUUCAGUCAGAGAAUUCAGAUUUGAAGGCACGGCUUAGUUUGCUGGACACCUGUGUCUGUUACCCACAAUGCCUUGUGAAUGGCGUUAUUUAUGCAGAUGGCGAAUCAUGGCAAAAAGACACUUGCACUUUCUGCACUUGCAGGGAAGGCCAAGAGGACUGCAUAAGAAGAGUGGAACUUCCCCAGUGUCAUGCUCCUUGUGUGACAUCACCAUGCCAAAACAAGGGAUUCUGUGUGGACACCACCCCUGAUCUCUCGGGGUACCACUGUAUGUGUCAGCCCCCUUAUGAUGGCCCCCUGUGUGAGACUCGACAGAACCCCUGCGUCUGGCCCGUGGAGCCUGGCCUCUGUAACUCUACGGUGGUCAGAUAUUACUACGACAGGUUCGAGGAGGAGUGUCUACCCUUUAACUACACAGGUUGUGGUGGAAACGUAAACAACUAUGAUAGCUUUGAGGUGUGUCGUGAGGUAGCCAUGACCGGAGCCUGUUGUUUCCGACGGUUUAAAGCUGACGAGAAGGCUCUAAUUAGUGGAAACCAAAUGAAGGAAUCCAAGUGUCGGGUGAUGUCACUGAGAGACUGCAAAUCCAUCCACAACCAGAAGAGGAAGCAUUACACAAAGGAAGUGGUGGCCUUUUACCCCAGUCUGAGCUGUGAGGAGGCAGGCUGUAUGAAGACCCAGAGUGGCUGUGUCUAUGAUGGCAUCUCCUACCAGCCAGGGGCUGUCACUUAUCAGGGAUGUCAGAAGUGUACCUGUGAGAUUGACGAAAGAUGGACUUGCCAGUGUGACAGCGUUAGUAAGAGGAAAGACAUUCGAGACAUGACUACAGCAGAAAUAUCUCGAUUUCAAAUAGGCGUGCAGCAACUGCGACUGGAAGAGAAGGAGUGGGAGAAAUUCCGGGACAUGUACAUGGCUCAUGGCAUGCAUGCCAACGGAGGACCCUACUUCCUGCCGUGGCACAGGGUGUUCCUGAGAGAGGUGGAGAAAAAGUUGCAGAAAGUGGACUGUGGUAUCACUCUGCCCUAUUUUGACUUUACUACCGAUGUUGGAAACUUCGCAGAGGCAAUCAUUUGGCAGCCAAAUUAUUUUGGUGGAGAUGGUUCUGGCUUGAGUCGCUGUGUUCCUGACCACAGCUUUGGGGCCCCAGGAAGCUGGCAGCCUUGUAUAAUGAGGAGUUUCCACACCACCAUACAGCUCCCGACUUUGGGGGAGUUGGCUCUGGCCCUAGCUAGUGAUGACUACACAGAAAUGAGCAUGUGUCUUGAGAGCUAUGUUAGCUACCUCCAUCGUUACAUUGGUGGUGACAUGGCCACCACCGGUGGACCCUAUGACCCGGUUUUCUUUGCCAUUCACUCUUUCGUUGAUAUGCUCUAUUGGAGAUGGCAGCAGAGGGGCAACAACAAAUUCAAAUAUCCGGCAGCUUUCAGCAACAUACCAAUGGUGCCCUACAACAUUCCUCCCAGCAGUGUGCUUGACCUUGAGGCUGAUCUUUGUGUGACUUAUGCACCGCCCUCACUUGGCCACCCCUGUAAUGUGAGUGUUGACAUUCCUGGGGGAGAUCGAGGUGACACUCCCAGCAGUCAAGUGUCAACAAUCAACUACCCAGGAUAUGUGGCUGGGUUUGACAGGAAUGGUUAUGAUGUCUUUGGUUUCAAGAAAAAUGGCCUAAACAGAGAUGGCUUUGACAAAGACGGCUAUGAUGUGGAUGGUUACAGUCGCUAUGGAUACAACAAGGAGGGUUACAACAGAUGGGGAUUUAACAGGACAGGAUAUGACCGAGGUGGAAAUAGAGAUAUCCAAGGAAUCUAUGACCAGAGUGGAUUUGAUGACCAGUGUCUGAAUAUACAAGGUCUGACCAAGUAUGGCUUUGAUAGGUAUGGAUUUAGCCCUGUGGGUUAUGACAAAGACGACUGUAACUUCCUGUUUAAUGGUCCUUUUGAUGUCCUCCACUCGCUGAAGAUCUGGGAGCUGCUAACCCAGCAGGAUAAAGGGUACCUGAUGUCUGUGUACCGACUCUGCCCCGCCCUAGACCCUGUCCCCCUCUCCUGGAGCGCACAGUUUUGGGCACCAAACUUCAAGGAUGUCUCAGGACUGGUCCCCAGUAUUGUACCAGAGACCUCCCUCAGUGUCCCAUCCUCCCGCUUCUGUUUCGAGACCAUGCCCUACCUCACACCCUGUACGUGCGAGACAUCCAUCACCAGCUGUACCGAGAAUCCGUGUCUUACAGACGUUUGUCCCUCGUACCCUGAGGCCAUCUGCCAUGUAGAUUUCUGCUCUGAAUGUAAAUCUACGUGGUACUACAAUAACCAGGAAGUCGACUGUUUAGAGGACCGAGAUUUCUGUGAUCCAAACCCAUGUAUGAAUGGAGGGACAUGUCAGAAGAGUAUCUGGCCCACAGAGCCCCAGUUGGUGACCUGCAGGUGCCCCCCAGGAUUUGAUGGACACCUGUGUCAGUACACAACUGUGGAGGUGUGCAGUCUCCCCCUCAGUACAGGUAACUGUAAUGACCGGCAGACCAGAUGGUACUACAAUCACCAGACCCAGAAUUGCGAGUCAUUUAUUUAUUCGGGUUGCGGAGGAAAUUCGAAUCACUUCCUGACAGAGGAGGAGUGUCAGUCCCAGUGUGUGAUCGGGGCAUGCUGUCACAGAAAACCGCUGUUCAGAAAUAGAUUGGUGGGCUACAACCUGGAUAAAUAUGACAGGUAUGGUUUUGAUGUGGCGGGGAACAGUCGUAGAGGGCUGACAAGGAACCAGAACAACACCACACCUUACGGCUGGGCGAGAUUUAACAGCAAGGGAUACGACUGGGAGGGGUAUGAUGCUUUCGGUUAUGACAAGGAUGGAUACGACAGGCAGGGAUACAAUGUUGAGGGGUACGAUAGAGAGGGGUUCAAUGUCCAGGGUUACAACAACACGGGGGAAUACGAUGGGAUACUGGAAUAUAACAAGGAGGGGUACAACGUGGAGGGGUUCAACAGGGCAGGUAUGAAUUGCCACGGUUACAACAGACGUGGCCUUGAUUACUAUGGUAUGUCCACUGGAUUCAAGUACAAGUGUCGACCAAUGUCUCUCAUCCAGUGUCAAAAUCUGGAACGGAACUCCGACGUAGAGGUUGUUCAGUUCCAGCAGGGGAAGCAGUGCUCGGAGACAGACUGUGGGGAGAGGUGUGGCUGUACCUAUAGGAACAAUACGUACCGCUUUGGCGAGGAGUUCCGUCUCGGCUGUCAGACAUGCACCUGUACCAUCCGGGGCACCAUCGAGUGUCUGUGUAUGAGGAAUAACUUCCGCAGGAAGGAAAUCCGAGACAUGACGAAGGAGGAGCUGGAAUUGUACCAAUUAGGAAUCAAAAGACUGGCUACCAGCACAGGACAUGAACCAUCGCUGUGGUACCAGUUUGCUGAGAUGUACCAGAAACACAAACCACAGGCUGUGGGAUCGGACCAGUUUCUGCCCUGGCACCGAGCCUUCCUCAAAUAUGUGGAGCAACAUCUGCAGAAUAUUAACUGUGACAUCACCAUUCCUUACUAUGAUUGGACAGUUGAUGCUGGAGAACCUCACAAGUCGGUCAUUUGGUCCAUGGUGGUGUUCGGGGGAAAUGGGAAGGGACAGAGUGGUUGUGUUCCUUAUCAUAACUUCAAGGACUACCACCCUCCCUACUGGGUGCCUUGUCUGAGAAGACAGUUCAACAACACUGUGACCUACCCCGACGCUGUAAACGUCCAGCUAGCUGUAAAUGAUCCGUCCUACACUAACUUCAGACUACGAAUGGAAAUUAUGCUUGCUGCAGUACAGAGCUAUGUUGGAGGUCACAUGCAUUCUGAUCUGAGUCCAUAUGACCCAGUUUUUCUGUCUACUGUGGCUUAUAUUGACAAACUGUGGACCUUAUGGCAGAAGAAACAUCCUGAUUGGACUGCAAGCUAUCCAGUCAAAUUGAGAUACACACCCAUGGCACCAUUUAAACUCUCCCCAGACGAUGUGAUGUAUUCAUCCACUCAGAUGUGUGUGGAUUAUGUGUCCUUGACUUUCACCACUCUUUGUAACAUAACCCUGCCUAGGUAUGGCUACGAUGCUGAGGGUUUUGACAGGCACGGACUGGAUAGGGAGGGCUAUGACAAAGAUGGAUUUAAUAUCGACGGAUUGGAUAGGAAAGGAAUUAAGGAUUUGAGAGGGGUGUUCAAUGUCCAUGGAUAUGACAGAGGGGGGUUCAGCAGGCAGGGAUUUGAUGUAACUGGAUUCGAUCGGUAUGGAUUCUUCAUAGAUAUGUACAAUCUGGAUGGAUUUGACAGUAAGGGGUACGAUCGUUGGGGUUACGACAGAUAUGGAUUUGACAUUAAUGGACUCACUCCAUAUGGAUUUAACAGAAAUGGAACCUGGAAUCGUGAUGCAGAUAAAACAGCUAUAAACAAGUUCGGAUACAAUGUCUAUGGAUUUAACAAAUAUGGAUAUGAUAGAGUUGGUUAUGAUGUGUUUGGAUUUGACUCCCGAGGCUUGGAUCGAUAUUUCUGUAACAAUUUCUACCUAGGCCCUGUGUAUAUGGUCAUCAAACGCUGGGUGGAACUAGAGCUUGAGAAGUUAGAAAAGCGUCCAGUGCUCGAUAUAUAUCGUCUCUGUCCACACGUUACCUUUAUGCCUUCAUGGAUGUACACAGUAAACUGGCUAAAUCGUGGUGGUCAAGUGAAAUUGAUCAACAAGUUGGAAAAGCAGGCAAGAGUUGACCAUAGCUAUGACCCAACAUACAUUCCUCGAUCAUCCAGUGUCACAGAAAAUGGUGUUUGGCUACCUGUCCCACCCGAUCAAAGGUUGUGCUUUGUAACAAAUUACUACAGUGGUUGUCCAUUUGGACAGUUCCCGGUCUCCUGUAGACCAGAUCUAUGUAAACAGAGAAAAUGUCCAGGGAUCCCUGAUGCUGUGUGUCGGAUCAACAGCUGUGGAGAUUGUUCUAUAGAGUGGUACAACGGAUUUACAGGGGCACCUGUCGUCUGCUCAGGAUGUGUGACAGCGGAUGAUAGAGAGGAACCAGAGGGCGCCACUUGGAGGAAGUCGGAGUGUGAAGUUUGCAGCUGCCAGGAGGGUAUGGUACGGUGUUCUACAACUCUCUGUCCAGCUGUUACGUGUAGAAACCCUGUCCAAAUCCCAGGGCAGUGCUGUGCUUCCUGUGAAGGUGGUUGUCAGUACAAUGGCAGGAUUUACGAACCGGGUGUCUCAUUCACUCCUGAAUCCUCCCCCUGCAAUGUGUGUAUCUGUAACCGUGGUGAUGUCACCUGUCAACCCCGCCCAUGUCCAAGCCUUAGGAAGUGUAAGAGCAGUUUGACUCUCCCUGGGGACUGCUGCCCCACCUGUAUGGACUGCGGGAAUUAUGCCAAUGCCUCAAUGUGGAAACAGGGACCCUGUCAGGAGUGUAGAUGUAUUAAUGGUAAAGUGCUGUGUUCAAAGAUUCAGUGUAGCCCACCAGACUGCAGGUACCCCUACACUCCGCCCGGAGAGUGCUGCCCCACAUGUGUCUCAUGCUACUACAAUGGCAGGAAUUAUGAAGAUGGAAGUCAGUUUGACCUAGAUGCCUGCACCCGAUGUAGCUGUCGCCAUGGUGACGUGCAGUGCAGUAAGACUGCUUGUCCAGAUGUUCGUUGCCCGAACCCCAUCACUCGUCCAGGAGAAUGUUGCCCCACAUGCACAAGUGACUGUGAAUAUGACAUGAAGAUUUACAGACACAUGGAAUCAUUUGUUGCCAGCUAUGAUCCCUGUCUUAACUGCUCCUGCACCAACUCAAUUGUGCGCUGUAUCCCAAUCAUGUGCCCCAAUGUUGAUUUCCCCUGCAGGAACCCCAUCAGAAAGGGCAAAGGGUGCUGUGAAUAUGUCUGUCCAAGUUGUGUUGAUGGAGGGAAGGAGUAUUACAAUGGAGACACCUGGCCCUCUCCUCGUGACCCCUGUCAGGUGUGUCAGUGCUCUGAGGGAAUUGUCACCUGUAGAACCAACAAAAACUGCAUGUACAGGUGUACACAUGGAGUCAUUCCACAGGGAAAGUGUUGCUCAGAGUGCAGAGACUGUCUGUUUAACGGUCGAGUGAUCAGUGAUGGGCGUCGGUUCCAGGCCCCGGGAGACAGGUGCCAGCAGUGUACCUGUGAGCAGGGUAAUGUCAGGUGUCAGAGUUCAGGGCCCUGCCCAACCCUGUCCUGCAGGAUCACAGAGCAGCUCCCCGGGGAGUGCUGCCCACGCUGUAAAGGUUGUUUACAAGGGGGACAGAGAUAUCAGAAUGGGGACACUAUUUCAGCCAGUUUAUGUGAGAGCUGUGUGUGCAACCAAGGUGCGGUAGAAUGUAAGCCCAUUGAAUGUGCCCCGCCCCGCUGUGAUAGACCCGUAAAGGUGCCCGGGAGGUGCUGUCCAAUAUGUCAGGGUUGUGAGUACCGGGGUAGGUCCUACCCUGAGGGACAGUCCUUCACCCACCCACAGAACCCAUGUGAUCAGUGCACCUGUCAGAAUGGUCGGGUACAGUGCAGGAGGAAGCCGGACCUGUGUUCUCCUCGCCCCUGUACACACCCAGAGAGCCGCCCAGGGGACUGCUGCCCGACCUGUGACGGAUGUCUCUUUAUGCGGAGACGAUUUGCCAAUGGUCAGAAGUUUGUACCUGCUGGAGGGGACCCCUGUCGAAUCUGUAGAUGUAUGAGUGGCAAUGUGACAUGUAUGACAAUGGGCUGUCCCACCCUGGAGUGUAACAACCCUGUCAAGCCCCCUGGGUACUGCUGUGGGGUGUGUCCACUGGCCUGUACUGUGCGGGGCAAGAACUACAGUGAGGGACAGACUUUUGCUGACCCAUCGGACAAGUGUAACGUCUGCACCUGUGCUGAUGGGUCCAUCACCUGUCGGCCUAUGGUGUGCCCAGUUCCCCAGUGUAACAAUCCGACUGUACGGCCAGGAGGAUGCUGUCGGUCAUGUCAGAUGUGUAGUCAUGGCAACAAACAGCUUCAGAACGGGGAAAGUUAUGUCAAUCCCAAAAACCCCUGCCAGCAGUGUACAUGUCAGAAUGGUGUGGUGACCUGUACUCGUGUCAGAUGCCCGGUCCUGAACUGUAUUGACCCGGUGUAUGAACUCGGGAAAUGCUGCCCAUCUUGUUCCUCGGAUAAGUGUAUUGUGGAGGGACGGACCUACAGGUCAGGUGAUGUGUUCUGUCUGCCCUCCGACCCCUGCCAGGAGUGUCAGUGUAUAGGAUCAAAGGCCACCUGUGCCAAAAGGGAGUGUCCAGAGACGAGAUGUAGAAAUCCUGCCUUCCUGGCUGGAAAGUGUUGUCCAGAGUGUAAAGAUUGUAAUUACAACGGGCUGAUUUACCGAGACAAGGAAGAGUUUGCCAAUCCUCGGGACCGUUGUCAGACCUGUGCCUGUAACCUUGGUAAUGUAGUUUGUAAAGCUUCUAACUGCACCACCACCAAAUGUCAGCACCCCAUCACCAACAGGUGCUGCCCGGAGUGUAAUGGCUGCUUCUACAAGAGUCGUAUGUACCAGAAUGGGGAGAGGUUCCGCGACAUCCGAGACCCGUGUGUGACGUGUACCUGUAAGGACGGGGAUGUCACCUGCGUACCCAAUCCAUGUCGUGCAGUGUCAUGUAAGAACCCUGUGCAGGGUCAGUGCUGCGCAGAGUGUGUGGACUGUAUGUAUCAGGGCAGAAGGCUGAAGGAUAACCAACGAUUCCGAGAUAACACCAAUCCCUGUAAUGAGUGCAUGUGCAGACAGGGCACCGUCACCUGUUCUCCAUUACCAUGCCCUGCCACCAGCUGCAGUAACCCCACCCAGGGGAGAUGCUGUCCUGAGUGUAGGAACUGUCUUGUGGAUGGGAGAGUUGUUCCUAACAAUCAGCCUGUUCCUAGUGCACCAGGGUCCUGUCAGGAGUGUGUCUGUAGAAAUGGCAAUGUGGAGUGUAGAGCACAGCGGUGUAGGAGCACACAGUGCAGUCAUCCCGUGCAGCGGGAAUGUUGUGCAGAAUGCUCUGACUGUUUAUUGAAUGGCAAAGAAUACAGAAAUGGGGAGAUGUUUCCGGACAGUGGUGAUCGGUGUAAGGAGUGUCACUGUGUGAAUGGGAACAUUCAGUGUCGACAGAAGGUGUGUCAGGAUGUUAGAGGGCGCUGUAAUAGUCCUGCAGUCACCAACUGCUGCCCAAAGUGUCAGGAUUGUCAGUACAGGCGCCAGUUCUAUCGGGAUGGUGAGAAGUUUCCCGACGUAUCGGACCCCUGUAAAGAAUGCUCCUGUCAGAAAGGAAAUGUCAACUGCGCACAGAGAACAUGUCCUGCCAUCACGUGCUCUCAUCCAAUCAGAGGCCAGUGUUGCCCUCGCUGCGGAUCUGACUGUUUAUAUAACAAUAAGGUCAUUUUGAACAAGGAGACUUUCCGGGAGAGUUGUCGGACCUGUCAGUGUGACGGUGGUUCCGUGUCAUGUUCAGGAAUUACAUGUCCCACCACCCAGUGUAGUCACCCAGUGUAUGAUGAGUGCUGUAAGAGAUGUGACAGGUGUUUGCUGGAGGGGAGGAUCUAUGGGGAUGGGAAAAGAUUCCAGAACAGAGAGGACCCCUGUUCAAUCUGUGUGUGUCAGGCUGGUUCAGUAACGUGCAGCAAGAAACCCUGUCCUGACCAGAAAUGUUCUCAUCCAAUCACCAACCAGUGUUGUCCUGAAUGUACCGACUGUCUGUAUAACGGUGAGGUCAUUAGACACGGGGAGUCGAAACGCAAGGAUGUGUGUAACAUCUGUACUUGUAGAUUUGGGUCUGUGGACUGUAGAAGGGUGGAGUGCCCUCGGGCCACCUGUUCCUCUCCCUAUACCGAUUCCUGUGGCUGUCUGAGAUGUGACAGAUGUACACACCAGGGCACCACCUACAACAAUGGGGCCACCUUCCCUGAUGCACAAGACAAGUGUCGCCAGUGUCAAUGUCUGGAUGGGAAUGUCCAGUGUCUGAGGAAGACCUGCGCUGAGCAGUGUACACACCCCUCGUCUACUGAUGGAUGUUGCCCGACAUGUAACGACUGUCUGUAUGACAACAUGAUACAGAAACAUGGACAGUUAUUUACUCCACAGUCUGACUCCUGCCAACAGUGUCAAUGCAGGGCGGGGAACGUCCAAUGCCUGAAGAAAACUUGUUCCGAACUGUGUUCCCACCCUGCCUCUACGGAUGGCUGCUGUCCUAUCUGUCGGAACUGCCGGUACGAGGGUGUCGUACAGAAAUACGGCAGUGUCUUCACAUCCAGGAACGAUCCUUGUCAGCAAUGUCAAUGUCGGGAUGGAAAUGUGAACUGCUUGACGAAAACUUGUAACCCUGUAAACUGUCCUCGACCUGUGACCCGACCUGGGGAAUGUUGUCCUGAAUGUCCUGUAUGUAAUUUUCUGGGCCGUGUUUAUGAUGAUGGACAGAGGUUUACCCACCCUCAGGAACGGUGUAAAACCUGCACGUGUUUUGGAGAUAAGGUUGAGUGUGUGAGACCACCUUGUGACACACCCUGUACUUAUCCCACUCAAGGUGCAUGCUGCCCCUCGUGUGACAAUUGUGAAUUUGAGGGGAAAAUUCAACAAAAUGGUGCAACAUUCAAGCCUGAUGCCUGUCGCACCUGCACCUGCACUGAUGGAAAUGUGAAGUGUAUCACCCAGAGUUGUCCCCCUUUGGCAUGCAUUCAGCAGGAAGUCCCUGAGGGUGAAUGUUGUCCCAGAUGUAAAAGUUGUUCCUUCAAUGGCCGACAGUACGUGGAUGGGUCCGAGUUUCCUCUGGAGACUGACCCGUGUAUGACCUGCCUGUGUCACAAUACAGUGAUGACCUGUGAACAGAAGAAGUGCUUCUCGGUCUGUGAUAACCCAGUCACUGUACCUGGCCAGUGUUGUCCUGUCUGUCCAACUUGUAACUACCAAGGGAGAGAUUAUCGGGAUGGGGAGACCUUUAACCCCCUCGGCGACCCCUGUGAUGUCUGUACCUGCUCUGGAGGAAGGUUGAGUUGCCACCAUCAAGUCUGUCCACGAACGGCCAACUGUCCAGCCAAUCGGAUCAUCUCCCCUCAACCAGGGGAGUGCUGCCCAACCUGCAUUGGAUUGGGACACAACUGUACAAGAACAGACAUCAGAAACAUCAUACGCCCUAGACCCAGUGAUUCGUGUUUCAAGUGUGAAUGCAGGGCAGAGAAGAACUGGAUGUGUACAUAUGAUCCAUGUCCACUGGUCAGUUGUCCCCCAUCAGUCCAGAUCAAACCUCCUGGCCAGUGCUGUCCAACUUGCCCAGCCUGCCAUGACCUUGAAGUGGACAGAUGGUACCAAGAGGGAACUUCGUGGAGUGGGGACAGUGAUCCCUGUGUCCAUUGUGAAUGUCUGGAAGGUGAUGUGCUAUGUCACGUGAUUGGAUGCCCUGCUGUGGUGUGUAAUCGUCUACAGCGAUUCGUCAAACCAAAAGGAAAAUGUUGUGCUGUAUGUGAGGACAUCCCGUCCAUUUCAUGCCAAUAUCAGGGCUCUGUGUACCAGGCCGGUGAGAGAUGGCGGGUGGAUGAUUGUACAGAGUGUCGGUGUCUGGGCGGUGACGUGGAAUGUCUGACACAGAAGUGUCCUCCCUUGGACUGUAACCCCAGCGAUGUUGCCUCGGCAACGCCAGGAUCGUGCUGUCCUGUCUGUAUCACAAAGCCGGGAACAUGUUUGGUUUUUGGAGAUCCCCACUACUACACUUUUGAUGGCUCUACUAUCCACUUCCAAGGUUUCUGUAAAUACACCAUGACAACAGAUUGUGUCAAUGAUGACUUCACAGUGGAUGUUCACCAUGACAACAGGGGGGCAUCUGGCCAUGUGUCCUGGGCCCAGAAUUUUACCAUAACUUUGGGAGGAAACAUCAUCGAGCUCCUACAGAAUCAUAUUGUAGAGGUUGAUGGUCGCCGAGUGGAGCUGCCAUUUUAUAAUAGGAAGUUUUCUGUGGAUCACAAUCAGGACUCUGUUGUAUUCAACACCAAACUUGGAGUAAAGUUGGUAUGGAAUGGUAACAGCUAUGCUGAGCUAAGCGUGCCCGGGACCUAUCGUAACAAGCUCUGCGGGCUGUGUGGAAACUUCAAUGGUUUCCCAAUGGACGACCUUAAAACAAAAGGUGGCAGAAUUACCAACUCACCCAGCAUCUUUGGCAACAGCUGGAAGACAUCAUCACAGGAGAAUGCAGUCUGUGAAGACGGUACAGAUCGCGACCCCUGUGUGGAGGCAGGGUACCGUGCCAGGAAGUUUGCCACCACCCAGUGUUCUAUACUAAGGGGUCCAAAGUUCAGUCGCUGUCACCGAGCUGUGGCUCCAGAUCCUUUCUAUGCAGCCUGUGUUUAUGACUUAUGUGUAUGUGGAGACAAUUCCACAUGUCUAUGUGACAUUCUCUCCUCCUAUGCUAAAGAGUGUGCCAAAGUGGGAGUGAGGCUAGAAUGGAGGGAAGCUGGGCUCUGUGAUUUUGGAUGUGAUGAGAGUUUAGGCUUUGUGUUUGAUGAGUGCGGCCCAGUUUGUCCUAGGACCUGUGAGAACUACGACACGCCCCUUGGCGAUUUGAAAACAAACUGCUUCAAGCCUUGCAUUGCCAGCUGUCAAUGCCCUGCGGAUAAAGUUUUACUGAAUGGAAGAUGUGUACCUUUCGACCAGUGUCCAAGAAUAGACCGAGGGGAUAUCCCAGUGGGGCCAGCACAGGGAUGAUUUUUAAAUUGUAGAUAAAUGAGAGAAAUUCAAGCGAGACUGUCAGAAAACAGAAUGUCAAUUUCAUGUUUGGGGUACAUCUUCAAGUGCAAUAUCAGUGUUAUGUAGGUGUUUUGAGUGAGAUAUUCGUCUUUAGGAAUUUCUAAUUCAUUUGACUUCAGAGCACUAUCUUGAAAAUGAUGUUUAAGAGAAAGAGAGGAUUUGAGUUGAGAAUGUUUGCUUACAUGAUGACAAUACUCAUCUAUGAAUUGAAUGGUUUAAUGUCAGGGACUUCCGGGAUAAAGCAAAUAACUAGCGACCUCAGAAACAGAAAUCCCUAGAAAUUGUGUGACCUGAGACAUACUCAUAAAAUUUUACGUCAGUGACCGUGGUUUGAUCAGAAUGACUUGUUACAUAUAAAAUUAUAUGUCAGUGACAGUGGUCUGAAUGAUUGUUACAUAUAAAGCAUUUACGGUACAAUUGAAUUUAACCAUGGGGGAAAAAGUGAUUGUAAGUUUCCUGGUGUAAGAGACAAGAGACAAAUGUAUUGUAAUUUUGUCAGUGUUGUGUGUUAUAAAGAUACAGUGUCCCAAUAUAUCCAAACAUAACUUUCCUAUAGUUAUUUUGAUUUUGUAGAAUAAGUGCAGCUAGAAUUAGAAUGCAGGCGAAUUCUGCACUGCAUAAAGAGGAAUCGCUCAUUCAGACUUGAUCUUUUUUUUAGAUCACACUUAGUUUUAUCUUCCUUUUUAACAGGACACACUGGGAAAUACUUGGCCAGUGUUUGUUUAUAAUCAUGAUUUAUAUUAUGUGUACUUACACUACUAUUAUUAGCAACACAUCAAGAUAUGACUAGAAAAUUUCAAUUUCACUUGAAAUGUUUGUAAAGACAUCAUAUAGAUAAUUUUCUAUCUUAUUAAUUUAGAAGGUUUAUAUAUAUAAAACAUCUGUACCAUUACAUUAAUCAUUGUAUGUUAUUUCUACACUACUUCCCCAAUGUUACAAUGGAAAAGUCUUAAUUGUGCUGAAUAUUUUUAACCAUAUUUUUUUUUUUAUACAUGGAUAUUAUUUAAUCAUGGGAUAAGAUACUGAUAACUGUUGGUUUACAAAUUCUUGUAUUAUGAUCUGAAUUAUUUGCAGAAUUUGUGGUCACAGGUACAUGAAAAAUGUCACUUUUAUCACACCUGAAAAACUCAAACCUUUAAAGUGUAUUCUUCUUGCAAAUUGUACAAGGUGAAGAAAAACAAGAGUGCAUCAAAUUUCUCAUGAAGACCAUUUGUUUCAUAAGUACAAAAUACUGUACAUUUCUAGGUGUAUUUGCAAUGCUUGUAAGUUUCAACGGUUUCAAUAUUAACAGGUGGUAGUACUUGAUGCAAUUUUCUUUUACGAACAGUUGCAAAUUCAUGAAAUGUGGCCCCCAACCCCAAAAUUCUCCAGAUUGUGAGAGCUCGUAUUAAAAUUAAAAAAAAAUUGAACUCAUUAUUAAUGUAAAAUCAUUUUUUAGAAUCAUUCUUUCAACUUCCCUUCCCAUCCCACAGAAAUAAACCUCCACAUUGCCGAGGAUUCAAACCAAGUCUUACACCAUGCAACCCAGGCUCCAUGACCAUAAACUGAGAAGAAUAAAAUUUUGUAGACUCUUGGCUUGUUAAAAUCACCAAUAUCUUAUUGACAUCAAAAUUCAAUCUUGGCCCGACUUCUAUCGAGUCAUCCAUAUUCUGGGGAUUCCUAUAAAUCGUUUCUAGUCAUGGUCAGGGAGCCUGUGUGCAUACUUCUUUUUGUUGAACUUCCUUGAAAUUUGUUUCAAGAAUUGGUACAGUGCUUUCAUUGAGGCAGAAUUGUUACAAAGCCAAAUAUUGAAAAUCUGUUAACAAAUAUUCACUCAUACGAUUACCUCGGUGGAUUAAUUCAGCAGCUACCAUUCAGCUUUGUUGUUUUUUUAACACAAUUUUCUAAUUUUUUUGUUAUCUUCACAUCCAUUUUUAAUAAUGCAAAUCAUGCACUGCUUUAAUGCUCUCCCCAUUUCAGGUAUGAAUCUCAAUUAAGUUCUUCUAUAUAUUUAUAACUAAAAAAAAAUUUCUUUGCAGAAAUUCACUUUUGUCUUCCUGAAAAAAUCCCAAAAGUUAUGCAGAAUUUCUGUGUUGAUAUACAUGUGAGAGUGGCCCUGCCUUAGGGUGUCAUUUUGUAGCUCUCCUUAUAAAUGUCUUGACAAAUAAACUUUGCAUAAUGAUUUAUCUUUUACCAAUGUUUACCCUGUGCUUAGAUGUAUAUUUUGAUAUUUAUAUAUUACUAUACACAUUUAACUAGAGAUGUAUGGAUGUAUUAGGGGUGUGAAAAGAUUUUGUAUGUUAGUAAAUCCUAAGAAAUUAAAUUAUUAACAAAUCAAAA